ACCCAUGCUAAUGACUUUCACACCUGUAUGCUUUAUAACCAUCUCUGCACGAAGGUAUACCUAACACUUUCAGAGAUGAACCUAUGCAGUAUCUUCCUUGUGUUGGUGGUCCUUGCGGCUGCGAUGGGUAAACCAGUGUACCAGAUUGCCUUUUCAACUGGUCUGUCGCAUGAUGUAUUGAUUACCCGUGGACAAGUCCUUCGGAACACCAACAUAUUCCUGAACGUCGGCAAGGCGUACGACAGACAUACGGGGAGGUUCAAAUGUCCCCAGAGCGGGAUCUACAGCUUCCAAGUCCACGCUUUAACUCAAAAGAAAAAAUCGCUGUGGCUGGAGCUCAUGCACAACAACAAUCUUGUUGUGAGUGUUCAUGCUCAUUCCAGUGAUGAAAAUGACGGUGCAAGCAACUCCGCUAUACUACAACUGAAGAAGGGGGACCAGGUAUGGGUACAAUCCCAAGGAGCAAAUUCAUAUUUGUUUGGAAGAUCUAACGAGGUUUGUACGUCAUUUUCUGGCUACCUUAUUGCGCCUUCGUUCGGAGAUCAACAAUGA